AUGAAAAGAUAUUUUGUUGUACCACCGGGUGAAUCAUUGAAUAUGCGAAUAAAUUUUGUAAAUGGUGCCUUAUUAAUGACGAAUAUGUUAAAUUCGGAUGCGCGACUUAAAUUAAAUGUUCAACAUAAUAAACAACUUGACGUAACCUCGCAACAAACAGCUAUUACGCCAUUCGUACAUCAUGAAGUAUUAAGGCUUCGAAUAAGAUGA